AUGAUAAAUAGUUCAUUUUCUAUUUAUAAAAAUAAAAAAAUAUUUUUAAAUAUUCCAAAUAUUUCGUCAUUAUCAAAUCAAAGAUUAUUUUAUUCGCAAUUAAAAGUUGGUGAAGUUAAUAUUCCACCAAUUCAACAAACAAAUGAAGUUAUUAUUACAAAUAAAAAAUCACGUAAUAUUUGUGAUAAAUCAAAAAUAGGAAAAAUAGAACAUGUAAAUAGACCAUCAAUAUCAAAGGAAGAAUCAUUAUUUCAAAUAUUUCAAAAGUAUGAAUUUAAUAAAAGGGAAUUAUCAAAUCAAACCAUUUGGAUACCAAUUAUAAAAACACAAAACUAUAAUUUCAAUCCACUCUCUGUUGCAGAAAUUGAUCAAUAUCAUCAAAGUGCUGAUUUUAAAUUAUUAGAAACUUUUAAAAAUUUAUUAUCAAAAGAAUUAAGAUCAAUAAAUGAUAAAAAAGGAAAAGAAAUUUUUAAAGUUGAAAAAUCAUUAUUUAUAACUGAACCAAAACAACAAAAUCAACAAAAUCAACAAAAUCAACAAAAUAAUAAUAAUAAUAAUAAUAAUUCAAUUUCAACAAUUAUUGAAAAACCUGAAGAUUUUUUAAAUUUUGAUAAAUUAAAACCAUUAAAAUCUUAUUUUAAUAAAAGUAUAUAUAAUAUAAAUCAAAUUAUUGGUGAUAGUAAUAAUAAUAAUAAUAAUAAUAAUAAUGAAAAUAAUAAUAGUUUUAAUCAAGCAUUAGUAUGGACUCAACAAAUUUUACCAAAUAGUUAUAGAAUUCAAAGAUCACCAAAUACUUUACCAAAUGAUUUAGCAACUGAAUGUUUUAAUUAUAUUUAUCCAAUUUUAAAUCUUUUAAAUUAUAUACAUCAAGAUAAUUUCUCAUUUACAAUUCAUUCAAUUACAAAUUGUACUGAAACCGAUCCAUAUAGUGAUCAAUUAAAAUUAAAAGUUCGAAAAAUUCGUAGAAUUCUUGAAACCAAAAUUCAAGAUUCAAGAAAAAGAAUUUUCAAACAAAAAUAUGAACCAAUUAAAGAUACAAUUGGUAUUACUUUUGAUAAUAUUAUAAAUUUAAAUGGUUUAGAUAAAUAUAUAUCAAAUAAUAAUAAUAAUAAAGAUGGUGGUGAUAAUAAUAAUAAUAAUAAUAAUAAUAAAGUAUUAUUUGUAAUUCAAUUAUUAUUAACAUCAGAAACAAAUGAUUUAUAUAUAUCAAUUGGUAGAUCAAGUCAUACAGAUGGUAAAGGUUGGUCAUUCCCAUUACCUUAUCCACAAGGUGUUGUACCACUUGAACGUGAUCAAGUACCACCAAGUAGAGCAUAUAAAAAAUUAAUUGAAUCAUUUCAAUUAAUGGGUAAAACUCCAACACCAGGUUCAACAAUUGUUGAAUUAGGUAGUUCACCAGGUGGUUGGACUUCAAUAUUAAAUCGUCUUUAUGAAUAUGAUGAGGAUCAUUAUAGUAAUAAUAAUGAUAAUAAUAAAAAUAAUAAUAAUGGUGAUAAUAUAGAAUCAAUACCACCAUUUGAAAUUCAUGCAAUUGAUAGAUCAAAAUUAGAUGCUGGAUUUAAUGAUUGUAAUAAUAUUUUUCAAUAUCAAGAAAAUGGUACAAAAUGGUUACCAACAAAUCAUUUAGAUGAUUUAGAGAGUAAUCCUGUUGGUUGGGUAUUAAAUGAUAUGUCAAUUCCACCUGAACUUAGUUUAGAAACUUUAGAGAAAUGGAUUAAAGGUAAACAUGCUCAAUAUUUCAUUUGGGCAAUUAAAUUUAUUGGUGAUGAAGAUUAUAAAUCAACAAUUUCAGAUUUUAAUAAAUUAAUGGAAAAAUAUAAUAUUAAAGAUUUUAAAGUUAAACAUUUAAUUUAUCAAGGUAAUGAAAUAAUGUUAAUGGGUAAAAUUUAUUAA